AUGAAGAGCAUUUACUUUGUGGCUGGAUUGUUUGUAAUGCUGGUACAGGGCAGCUGGCAGCAUUCCCUUCAAGACACAGAGGAGAAACCCAGAUCUUUCUCAGCUUCCCAGACAGAGCUGCCUGAUGAUCCUGAUCAGAUGAACGAAGACAAGCGUCAUUCACAGGGCACAUUCACCAGUGACUACAGCAAGUAUCUGGAUUCCAGGCGUGCUCAAGAUUUUGUGCAGUGGCUCAUGAAUACCAAGAGGAACAGGAAUAACAUUGCCAAACGUCAUGAUGAAUUUGAGAGACAUGCUGAAGGGACCUUUACCAGUGAUGUAAGCUCUUAUUUGGAAGGCCAAGCUGCCAAGGAAUUCAUUGCUUGGCUGGUGAAAGGCCGAGGAAGGCGAGACUUCCCAGAAGAAGUCACCAUUGUUGAAGAACUCCGCCGCAGACAUGCCGAUGGCUCUUUCUCAGAUGAGAUGAACACUGUUCUUGACACUCUUGCCACCAGGGACUUUAUCAAUUGGCUGAUUCAGACCAAAAUCACUGAGAGGUGA